GCUGCCCAGAGAUGCCGCUCCUGCUUUGCACGAAGUCCUCGUGUCCCAGCACCUGUGGAGUCAAGUUUUGUGCCCAGGUUGUGGAACUCUGUGUCUGCUGUCCCCUCCUUUCCCGUCCAGGGGACAGCUUACAGGUGGUGGCUGAGGACACACUUUGGUUGCAUUUUGUAUAUGAUUUAUUUUCAAGUAUUGCCAUUUAAAUAAAGUCAAGAGUUUUGCUUUGAAUCCCAUCUCUGCUUCCUGCAGGGACUGGUAACUAGGAAAACUAUGUCAUGUCUGGUUCAUUUUUCUCUUUAGGAUUCACAGAUGGAUCCCGUGGAAAAGACAGAAAAUCGAAGUGAACAAAAAUCCAGCAGAAAGUUUUUAAAGAGCCUCGUCCGGAAGCAGCCGCAGGAACUGCUCCUGGUCAUCGGGACGGGGGUGAGCGCGGCGGUGGCCCCGGGCAUCCCUGCCCUGUGCUCCUGGCGCAGCUGCAUCGAGGCGGUGAUCGAGGCGGCAGAGCAGCUGGAGGUGCUGCACCCUGGGGACGUUGCCGAGUUCCGCAGGAAGGUGACCAAGGACAGGGACCUGCUGGUGGUCGCCCACGACCUGAUCCGGAAGAUGUCCCCGCGUACGGGCGACACCAAGCCCAACUUCUUCCAGGACUGCCUGAUGGAGAUCUUCGACAACCUGGAGCAGCACAUCCAGAACCCGCUGGUGCUGCAGUCCAUCCUGGGCUUGAUGGAGCGCGGCACCCUGGUCCUCACCACCAACUACGACAACCUGCUGGAGCUCUUCGGGCAGCAGCAGAACAAGCCCAUGGAGUCCCUGGACCUGAAGGACAAGACCAAGGUCCUGCAGUGGGCACGCGGCCACAUCCGCUAUGGUGUCCUUCACAUCCACGGCUUAUAUACGGACCCUUGUGGCAUGGUGUUGGAUCCUUCGGGAUACAAAGAUGUGACUCAGGACCCAGAAGUCAUGGGGGUUCUCCAGGGCCUGUACCGCACCAAGUCCUUCCUGUUCAUGGGCUGUGGAGAGACACUUCGAGACCAGAUCUUCCAGGCCCUCUUCCUCUACUCGGUGCCCAACAAGGUGGACCUGGAGCACUACAUGCUGGUGCUCAAGGAGGACAAGGACCACUUCUUCAAGCACCAGGCCGACAUGCUCUUGCACGGCAUCAAAGUCGUGUCCUAUGGAGAUUGCUUUGAAGCUUUUCCAGGCUACGUGCAGGACCUGACGACUCAGAUCUGCAAACAGCGAAGCCCAGAUGCCGACCGAGUGGAGAGCACCACAUUGCUGGGCACUGCCUGUCAGGACUGUGCAAAGAGGAAGUCGGAGGAGAAAGGUGUGGAGGGUUCCAAGAAGCCCCGACAAUCAGACACAGAUGAUGCCGGAGGGUCUUGAAAUCUUUGAGAGCGCCGAAUCCUAACCACUAGACCACCAGGGAAGGUGAAAUCUUUGAAACCACCAAUAAAACCUGCAACUUGAAAAACAGCUUUCUGUGACCACAGUGCCAUGCUCAAACGAUGAAUGUUCUGACGGGAUCUCCGUCCUAA